AUGACGAAUUUAAGUGAAGAGCAACUUCGUGUGUGGGCAGCCAAGGCGUUUCAUUGGACCACAAGUUCUGAAAGCACUUCAAGACGAACAUGCCUCGUUUCCAUCAUCGAACCAGAUCUUGCCCCAACAUUAACCAAUGUUUCCACAGCAUUGCUCGGUUCAUUCCUCGGAACAGAACCGAAGCGGAGGCCUGCGCCGGGGACAUCGACCACAGUUCGUUUAAAACUGUUCCUUCUUCAUCUUCGUUCUUCUUCAACCUCCAAGGUAUCUCGUGCCAAUAUUGCUCACGAGCACAUGGAUCUUUCCCCAAACCGAAACGGUAUUCUGAAAGGACUAGUCACCGAAUCAAAUCAGCGAUACUCUAAUAAAAAUUUCAGCGAUCAAUCGUUUCAAGAAAUGCCGCCUUCAGUGACCGGCACGCUGGAUGUUAGCUAG